GCAAUAAACCUUAAGCGAUUAUAGUCAGGUGCGCACACCGGCAAAAUAUAGACUUUAUGCUUGUAUAUACAUACCAAUACGGAUUUGCGUUCGAAGUAUAGCUUUUGUGAAAUAACCGUGGACAUUCUUUCUUACAAAAUUUGAGAGAUCAUAUGAAAACUAUUUUGUAUCAAAGGAGGUAUAUUUAAUCAACAAUACACAUACAUGGAAAUGAAUGGAUAUAUUAAUGGAGUUGUGGUUCUGUUUGUUUUUAUUUUAAAUGUCUGCCCCGUGCUGGGAUAUGAGGUCUGUUUGAACUACUUGGUCACCUUCACGUACUGCGAGACCGGGUACCACUGUUGUGAUAACAAAACUAGAUGUUGCGCUGACAGUCCGCUACUCACCGUGGGGGCUAUUGUCGGCAUCGUAUUUGGCGCUCUGGUUUUCCUCGGUUUCUGUAUCGCUUUCAUAUGUUACGCCGUCACUAGGAGCAAAACCCGCCCAGGUCGUGUGAUAAUGCCUAGCAACAACAAUCAAGUGUCAGUUGUGUCGCAGUCUGCAAUGUACGGUCAAGGCUACAAUAACACGACUCCCCAGUAUCCGUAUGGUCAGAUGCCGACCGCCUAUAUGGCCCAACCUCCACCAUAUCCGUAUGGUCAGAUGCAGACAACCUAUGCGGCCCCGCCCCCAUACAGCAACCACGCCCUGGUGUCCAAUAACCACUCUCAUGUGCCCAAUAACCACGCACAGGCGCCCAGUAGCCAGGCUCAGAUUCCACCGUCAGACAGUCAAUUCCCACAAUAACCUCUGUACCAGGGAACUGGUUAAUGUUCACAGUGUUCGAAUAUUGAAAUAACUUAUGAUGUGAUAUGUGUCAAGGGAAUUUGAAUGUUAAAAUGUCUGUUGAAAAUGUUAAGUCUUCUAAAUAUAUAUUUAUAUAUAAAAUAGCGUGUUAUACUAAAUUUUCAUACGCGUCGGAACUGUGACCGCUUUUUAUGGAUGCUGCAAACAAUACCUUAGACUUAUCAACGCCGCCGCACAGUUUUGCACUCGAUGUCAUUUAUAUCAUAGUUAAGCGUGCGUCAUGGAAAGAGACUGGUCUCAUAUAUACGAUCUAGCGGCUACAAUAAGACGCGCUUACAUUGGCUAUUAUUGUAUAGAAAACUAAUUUUAAUUGAGGUAUUCAAAUACAAAAGGGUGCAUUUUUAAGUAUAAAAGGUCAUUUUGUACUACCGGUAUGUGAGGGUCGUGAGCGUGUCCCAGCACACCAAACAAAAUUUGUGACAAAUUUUGAAUAAAAUCUGCAAUUCUCAAA